CGCACGCGUGCGGCGGCGGCGGCGGCGGCGGCAGGGCUGAUUGCCGCUAAGAAUAUUACUGAGCCGGCGUCCGGAAUUCGUCAUGGCGAUUCCCCAGGCGUCCAUGGGACCCUCAGCGCUGGGCCAGAGCGGUCCCGGCUCGAUGGCUCCCUGGUGCUCAGUGUCAAGCGGCCCGACGCGCUACGUGCUCGGGAUGCAGGAGCUGUUCCGCGGCCACAGUAAGACGCGCGAGUUCCCGGCGCACAGCGCCAAGGUGCACUCCGUGGCCUGGAGCUGCGACGGACGUCGCCUGGCCUCGGGGUCCUUCGACAAGACGGCCAGCGUCUUCUUGCUGGAGAAAGACCGGUUGGUCAAAGAAAACAAUUAUAGGGGACAUGGGGAUAGCGUGGACCAGCUCUGUUGGCAUCCAAGUAACCCUGAUCUCUUUGUCACUGCAUCUGGAGACAAAACCAUUCGCAUCUGGGAUGUGAGGACUACGAAAUGCAUUGCCACUGUGAACACUAAAGGGGAGAACAUUAAUAUCUGCUGGAGUCCUGACGGGCAGACCAUCGCUGUAGGCAACAAGGAUGAUGUGGUGACGUUCAUUGAUGCCAAGACACACCGCUCCAAAGCAGAGGAGCAGUUCAAGUUUGAGGUCAAUGAAAUCUCCUGGAACAAUGACAAUAACAUGUUCUUCCUGACAAAUGGCAACGGUUGUAUCAACAUACUCAGCUACCCAGAGCUGAAGCCUGUGCAGUCCAUCAACGCCCAUCCUUCCAACUGUAUCUGUAUCAAGUUUGACCCCAUGGGGAAGUACUUUGCAACAGGAAGUGCAGAUGCUUUGGUCAGCCUUUGGGAUGUAGAUGAGUUAGUGUGUGUUCGAUGCUUUUCCAGGCUGGAUUGGCCUGUGAGGACCCUCAGUUUUAGCCAUGAUGGGAAAAUGCUGGCAUCAGCCUCAGAAGAUCACUUCAUUGACAUUGCUGAAGUAGAGACAGGAGACAAGCUGUGGGAGGUUCAGUGUGAGUCCCCGACCUUCACCGUGGCUUGGCACCCCAAAAGGCCUCUGCUGGCGUUUGCCUGUGAUGACAAAGAUGGCAAAUAUGACAGCAGUCGGGAAGCUGGAACUGUGAAGCUGUUUGGGCUUCCCAAUGAUUCCUGAUAGGAGGACCCAGCCUAUGGCAGAGGCUUCCGUUGUAUAGUUGGUUUGGUCUGUUCUCUGGGGUUCGGUGGGCACCUAAGUAUUUAUGAACUGGUAUAAAUUGUAUCAGUGUUUUGUUCGGCUGCCCAUUCCGGUCGUUCCCUGCCCCUUGCAGUGAUGACAGCAGCAUGCCUUGUCCCCUGGGGACUUCAUGUCUUCCUACUGUUGGGUGCGUGGUGGGAUUUGUUGGGCUUGGUUCUGCUUGGACAGUAUGUAGUUUGGAGAGGUAGGCGAGGAAGGGUGAGAUGGGGUUGGAGAUUUUUUUAUAAUAAAAAAGAAGUACAUAUUAAUAAUUUUGAGAAUUGAACAUUUAAUAAAACUGACUUUUUAAUUAUGGGA